CUGCAGCUGUGCAGAGAAACAUAGAGGUGCAUGCAGGCAGCCUCCUUGGAAGGAGACCAACUCCUAUAUAGAAAAGUGGACUCAACCUAAGCAGAUGGCGCAACGAGACAGAGAGCCGUGAGGAGGGAAAACGGGUGGAGGAGCUAGAGAGGAGAGAGAGUCUGUUCUCCUUACUAACGCACCUUCGCAUCCUGACUCUCCUGGCUAUGCACCUGCAACCUCGCCCUGCAGUUCUCCUCCUCCUCCUCCUCCUCCUCACUCUGACUCUGCCCUCCUCCCCGGCGGUCGGACAGCGGUAGUGCGCACUGAGUUGCAGGAGUGCGCAAGGCGGCCGGCAUGCACCUGGAGAGAAACCGCCCCGCCAAGCCGACCAAAGGCUCAGCCGGAGACACAGCAGCAUGCCGGGCUAUGCUCUAACAGCGGGGAUACAGCAGCAGAGCACCGGGCGGACACGGAGCUGCGGCAUGGGCGUGGGAGAGAGGCGCAGCCUAAAUGAGAGCGAUGUGAUUCCACUGGCAUAAGGAGGGCGGGUGGGGGGAACCCGAGUCGUGUUGGAUCAGAGUGUCCCGGGUGUAUUGAGAGGGCUUGGUUUAGUUUGUCUUGUUCUCUGAAAUUCAGCAAACACAGUACUUUUUUCCUGUCAUACGGGAGUUGGAAGGAUGGAGAAAGGCGCACAGCAGCAGCUGCCCAAAAGCGCAGAGGGUCCGGCAGAAGACAUCUCCAAAAUAAACGACGAGGAGCUGCUGAAGUGGGGCAAAGAGGAGCUGGUGCGGCGCCUGCGGAGGGCAGAGGCGGAGAAGAGGGGCGUCAUUGUGGAGCACGGAAAUCUGAUGCGGGAGGUGAACCGGAGGCUCCAGCAGCACCUGAACGAGAUCCGGAGUUUGAAGGAUGUAAACCAGAAACUGCAGGAGGACAACCAGGAGCUGCGGGAUCUGUGCUGCUUCCUGGACGAUGACCGGCAGAAGGGGAAGAAGGUGUCGCGGGAAUGGCAGCGUCUGGGCCGCUACAGCGCCGGCCUCAUGAGGAAGGAGGUAGCCAUCUACCUGCAGAAGCUGAAGGAGCUGGAGCAGCGGCAGGUGGAGGUCAUCCGGGAGAACCUGGAGCUAAAGGAGGUGUGUCUGAUGCUGGAGGAGGAGAGGGCUGCGGUCGUGGCUGGGGGGGGUGGAGUUGGGCAAGGAGGUCCGGGGCGCAGGAGCUCCAUUGACAGUCAGAGCAGCUUGUCUCAGCUGGGUGGAGGGGUCCCAGCACCUGGUCUGCUGCGGGACGUUGGUGAUGGCAGCAGCACCUCCAGCGCUGGGAGUACAGAUAGCCCUGAUAAUCCACACCUCAAACCCCCUCCUGUGGGCUCCAACACCAUGCCUGGACCUGGGUCCAGGUGCAUGUCCACAGAGCACCACCACAAACCCGGAGAGGUGUGUGACUCCACAGGCAGGAGGCACAGCUCCACCCCUGAGUACCACACCUUUCCGCAGUCUUGCCGCCCUCGUGGGGGAUCGCUCACCAACUUGGAACCUCGUGGACUCAGGGGUCACAGCCCGGAGAAACACAGCAAAAACAGUACUCCAUGUCAGUGCAGGCGUCACCAGGCUGCGGGAAAGGAUCAGCCAUCCAGCCCCGAGCUGAGUCAGAGACACCGGCAGGUUCACACAGCAGGGGCCGGCUGUGGGAGUCCAGAGGCCAAGCAGGCGAUGGUGACGCCUGAGCACCUGAGGAAAGGACGGGUGAUUGUGGGUAGCCCUGAGUCUAUACGGCACCACCAUCACUAUCAGCACAGCCCAGGGGGGGAGCAUGGGAAGGGGAGAUAUAGCAACUCCCCCAGCAGGGACGGAGGUCAGAGGAGGCCAGCAGCCGGAGAUGAGAUGGCCUCCCACCACCAGAGUCUGUACAACGCUCUGAUAUCUGCUGGCUGCUGCACCAACUCCUGUAGAAGUGUAAAGCUCUGGGACAGCUUUGAUGCCUCCUGACCAUGACAUCCCUCUCGAUCAGAUGCUGCUUUGACAACACAAACCCCAGAGAGAACAUUGAACAGUGUUAUGAACUGGAUGGAUGGAUGAUAUACGAGUGACUUGAUGCAUAACUGGAUGGAAAAAAAGAUUCUGGAAUUUAAAAUCAAGCAGUAAAGAGUGAGGACACAUAUGAGUGCAAGAAGGCAACAAAGAGGAAAACAUUGGAAACACUUGAACACUCCCUUUGCCCUGUCUGCUGCUGCUGCUGCUGCUGCUAUUAUGCAUAACCUGUGGACCACCAGAAAAGACUGAAUGUCAUGUCCGGACAAGCGGAGGUUCAUCUCUGCAUUGCCAAAAUGAAGAGGAGAAAACAAAAAGACAGCUGAGAAGUUUUGUGUUGCCAACAAAAAAGUCCUACCUCUUUGGAAAGACAGAGACGUUUUGGAUGGAUGAAUGAACUGUACAUGGAGGUGUAGCUUCUCAUGCUAACUCUGGAGGUUACAGCCCUUUCUCCACACAAUCACAACACCAGUGGUUAUUUGAAAACCAAUACAAGAGGAUGGUACCACUUUUACAACAAUACUGCAGGCCUGGGAUAAAAGCACAACAUAAGGGACUAACAAAGAGAGGAUUGACUGAACAGAUGAUUCUGUUUUAUUACAACUUGGGUCAGAUAUUAUCAGAUUAAAGCAUCAUCUAAAAGUUACUGUAACAUUGAGCUCAUCACUUUAAGAGCAGAGAACACAAGAGGUUGACUUUAAACAAGGCUGUUUAGCUUAGUCGUUCAGUUUCAAAGUCUCAAACUGCUAAAUUAAAAGCUGGUGACUGAAAACAACCUACUGCCUUUAAUAUUCCGUCUGUUUUCAGCUCUCAGCACAUGCCAAGCUUUUUAGUUGCGGAUGGCAGCUUGGGAUUAAAUUUGGUGUUUACAUUUCUUUUGUUAGUUUAAUCUUUGGCUGAAACGCUCUCUAGUUUAGUCAAAAUACAGACGAUUAAUCAUCAAAUGUUUUAAUAUAUGUCUAGAUAUGGCUGUCAGCGUGAACAUACUGAGUGCUUGAUUUUGUCCCCUUUGGAACACUUUAGUUAGGCGUCUUCCUGCUACUGCUGCCAUGAUUGAAAAUAAAGGUACAUUCCACUUUAAAAAACUCCCAGAUGGCUCAGUUAACAUGUCAAAAGUAAUAUUCACUUGACUAAA